AGGUUUCCCUUGUUCAUAUGUCCACCGGGAAAUACUUAUCUACUAAAAAAGUCCCAUUACCCGUACACGAACAAUAUGCGGCCGUUUGUACUGGUCAAAACAUCGACGCAAAAAACGAUGCCUGGAAAAUUCUUGGUGCAUUUAACGUAAACGUAAAAAAUGGAGGCCUUUUAUCCUCAAGCACCGUUGUUAGACUUAUGCAUCAAGAUACGGGUGGAUACUUACAUUCUCAUGAUGUAGUAGUCGGUGGAACCCCAAAAUCAAAUCAUCAACAGGUGACCAUUUGUAUGGCUAAAAACAUUGACGAUGAUUGGCUUCUUCAUUGCUAUAACUCCAUCACCGAUGAUAACGACUCAGCUCAUUUAAUGAGCGGUGACAUCAUUAGUCUCUGUCAUAAAAAUACUAAUCAACCGCUCUACAGCCAUGAAGUUCUAUUAGACGAUGAAACUCAAGAAACUUUUAAUUGCAAUUCUACCUUGCAGUGGCGUAUCGAAUUAAUUAGGAAACCGAUUAAAUAUGAAUCAACUAUUGCGUUAUUUCACGUACCUUCUAGAAAAUACUUAUCUACUAAAAGGGUCAAAUAUCCAAAACAUGGACAAUAUAUGGUCGUUUGCACAGGCAAAGAAUUAGAUUUUGAACACGACCUUUGGACGAUUUGUGAUAUGAAUGUUGGAGUUCCUUCAACUUGUAGCAUUAUCGGAUUUAAACAUAAAGAAACAGGUGAAAAAUUGCAUUCCCAUUUUACGGUACACGGAACAACCCCAAAAUCAAUCCAUCAGCAAGUGACUCUUUGGAUGCAUGGACAUCCGGACGAUUAUUGGAUUAUUCGGCAUCAUGGUUCUAAAGUCGAUCGAGACCAUUUAAUGGACGGUGAUAUUAUUAAUAUUUUUCAUCAAGGUACUAAUCUACCACUCUAUAGCCAUGAUGUUCUAAUGGAUGAUGGAACUCAAGAGGUUUCUUGUAAUGGAGACGGAAGUGAAGAUAAUAAUAUGGUAUAA